AUGGGUCACUCAGCUGGUCUUCGCGCGGGUACCCGCUAUGCUUUCCAGAGAGGCUUCAAGAAGCGCGGUACCAUUCCUCUAUCCACAUACCUGCGCCAAUACAAGGUCGGUGACAUCGUCGACGUAGUCGCCAACGGUGCCGUACAGAAGGGCAUGCCAUUCAAGGACUUCCACGGAAAGACUGGUGUAAUCUAUAACGUCACCCCAACUUCCGUUGGUGUUAUCCUCCACAAGCAAGUCGGCAACCGAUACAUCGAGAAGCGCGUAAACGUCCGCAUCGAGCAUGUCCGCAAAUCUCGCUCGCGAGAGGAGUUCUUGAACCGCGUGAAGGAGAAUGCCGCGAAGAGGAGAGAGGCGAAAGAGCAGGGCAAGUCGGUGCAGCUUAAGCGCCAACCUGCUAUGCCGCGUGAAGCUAGGACUGUGUCGACAAAGGGUAACUGGCCGGAAAGCGUCGUCCCUGUGCCAUACGAGACCACGAUUUAG